AUGUAUAAAAUUACUAAUUCUAUAUAUACACACGUCACAGUAACAUGGAUAACUACAGAUGGAUUACAACAUACAGUUACAUCAAUUAGAUCAAUUGAUAUAGUUAAUAAAGAAGAGAUAUUGAUGAACCAAAUUAAUAGUAAAGAGAUAAAUAAUAAUGCAAAUUUAAAUUAUUAUACUAAUAGUAAUAAUAAAUAUUUUCAAAUUAUAAAUUCAUCAACAUUUUCAAAAGAUUCUUAUACAAAAAGUAAACAUUCAGUAACUUUCACUCGUGAAGGUAUUUACACGUAUCAUUGUAAAUAUCAUAAUCAAACAAUGCUUGGUUCAAUUAGAGUUUUAUCAUCAUCUUCUUCAAUGUCAAAUGAUAUAGAUAGAAAUCAAAAUUCUAAAAAAUCUUUACUAGGUUUAUUAUUUGCAACAUUAUUAGCCCUUUUAAAAAUUUUUGUACUCUCUUAG